AUGUCUUACGAUCUAAAAAGUCUAUCUUUCGAGUCACUUGAGCCAGCACUUAUUUUUUACCAUAGAAUUGAGUUAAAACUGUGGACUGGUGAUGAAGAAAAGGAAGCUAACAAAUUUUAUGAUGCAAUCGAGUACGCUUUGCAAGAUGAAUUACUUGAAAACCAAAGAAAAGAAAAACUAUUACUUCUUAAAAAAACUCCUCCUGAAAUCAUAAGCAUAUCUGAUCUUAAACAACCACAGUCCAGUAAGAAUUGGGGUCGUCCUUGUUGUAGUGAUUCGUUGAGUAUGGAAGUCAUAGAUAUUACCUCCAAUGUUUUCGAAGAAUUUGGAAUUGGAAGAAGAUGUGGUAGAAGAAUAAAUAAUAUUUGGAAAUUGAGUAAGGAUUGGAAUAAAAAUCAAUCCGAGAGAAACUUUCUGAUGCAAGUUAUAGAACCGCUUCUUUCUGUAGCAUUGGAUGAUCUUCUAGUGGAUGUUACAUGCAUAUUAAAAGGAGAACUGCAAAGUCAAGCCAAUCAAGAUUAUAAAUCAACGAAUACAAAAGCUUCAGCAAUUGGAGAUCGACCUGACAUAAUAUUUACGGUUAAAAUUAGUGAGAAAGCCCUAGAGUUACUUUACGUUGAAAGUGGGCGAUGCAUAACUACCGAAAAAAAG